UACUGGAUGACAUUGUGAAAUGACAAUACUAACCACUCCCUUUAUAAUAUAUAAAGAAUGAAAAUAACACGUGGUAAGCUACGGUUACUUUGCAACGUAUAUCCCAAUCUUGAAGGACGCACUCAAUCACAACCCAAGGAAAGUCAUCGCUCUAUCAUCAUCCUCUAAAUCUAAUCGAUUAUAUAAACCUCCAUACACUACCCACACAAAACCCAAACGAAGCUUCACUCCUCCAUAACUGUUCACUACGCAGAGCCAAUAACAAUGGAUCUCCGGAGCACCCUUUUCCUCUCUCUUCUCCUCACUCUCUCCUUCAUCGCCAUCGCCGUACCUUCGGAUUCGGAUCCGGAUUGUGUGUACACCGUCUACGUUCGUACUGGUUCGAUCCUCAAGGGAGGCACAGACUCAAAAAUGACAGUGAGGUUCUACGACUCGAAUGGGUACGGAGUCCAGAUCAAUAAUCUGGAGGCGUGGGGCGGGUUAAUGGGUCCUGGGUACAACUACUUCGAGAGGGGCAAUCUCGACAUUUUCAGCGGACGCGGUCCUUGCUUGACCGCUCCGAUCUGUGCUCUGAACCUAACCUCCGACGGGACCGGUCCUCACCACGGGUGGUACUGCAACUACCUUGAGGUCACAACCACAGGGGCUCACAUCGACUGCAAUCAGAAGCUCUUUACCAUAGAGCAGUGGCUGGCCACCGAUACGUCGCCGUAUGAGCUGACCGCUAUCCGAGACGACUGCCCCAAGGAUUUGAACAACCAUCGACGUGAGAUCAAGACUGCCCAUCAUUCUCAUGCUUUGACUUCCAUUGUAUGAGCUGGAAAUAAAGGGUGUGUUUGGACGUGGCAUUAGUCAAGGCCGGUUUGAGAGUAAAUUAGUACAACUGAUCUUGGUUAUGUUGUUAUGGAUAUAUAGCUGGGUUGGGUUAAUGUUGUCCUUGGUAUGUAUGGAUUAGAGACUUAAAUAUUGCCUCCUCUUCUAUUUUUCUUUUAUUUUGUUGUUUUAAUGUUUGAGAUUGAUCUGAGUUUGUGUAAUAUCCGACCCGCAAAAGAGAAAUUAAUAAAUAAGAGAGGAAUAUUUUUGGUCUGAUAAAAA